AUGUCGAAAAUUUUUACACCUACGAAUCAAAUAAGAUUAACCAAUGUUGCCGUCGUUCGUAUGAAAAAAGCAGGAAAACGAUUUGAAAUCGCUUGUUAUAAAAACAAAGUUAUCUCAUGGAGAAAUAAACUAGAAAAAGAUAUCGAUGAAGUCUUGCAGACACAUACAGUAUUUAUAAAUGUUUCAAAAGGACAAGUUGCAAAGAAGGAAGACCUCAUAAAGGCUUUUGGUACAGAGAAUCAAACAGAAAUUUGUAAAGAAAUUCUUACAAAAGGAGAACUUCAAGUUUCUGAUAAAGAAAGGCAUUCAGCAUUAGAUUCUAUGUUUAAAGAUAUUGCAACAACUGUUGCUGAUAAAUGCAUAAAUCCAGAAACUAAACGUCCAUACCCAGUAACUAUGAUAGAAAAAGCUAUGAAAGAUAUUCAUUUUUCUGUAAAACCAAAUCGAAAUGCAAAACAACAAGCUUUAGAUGUCAUUCCUCAAUUAAAGACUGUAAUGCCAUUGGAUCGAGCUCAAAUGAGAGUCAGAAUCUUAGUCUCAGGCAAAGAAGCAAGAAAAUUAAGAGAUAAAAUAAUAAAAUUAGUAACAAAACUAGAAGCAGAAGAAUGGGACAAUGGAACGUUAAAUUUGAUUUGUUUGAUUGAUCCUGGACAUUAUAGAGAAAUAGAUCAAUUAAUAAGUAAAGUUUCUGGAUUAUUCGAAUUACUUAAUUUAAAAGAAAUUGUUGAAGGAGAUGAAAUUUUAGAAUAA